GGCGCGCGUCGGAGGAAUAAUAUGUGUCAGAGUGGAAGGGAGGACGGACAGAAGCAGAGGACUGACAGACUGACUGACUAACAGACGGGCAGGACCGCAGCUCUGAGACCCACACGGACCCACACGGACUGCACAGUGGCUUCUCCAGACUCCUCCGAUGUUGUAGGUACUGAAGACCAGGCCGAGGUCACCGGCAGGAGCAGAUCAUGUCCCAAACCAAGUCACCAAGUCCCAUGGGCGACCAGGCCUCUCUUAUUUUAGAAAACUGCUUCACCACUGAACUCCAUAUAUCUGAGCCAGGUGAUGAGGGCUACCAGUUACCAAGCCGCCCCUCACCCCAAACCAAAACCCCCAUGAUUGAGGAGGAGGUGGCGGAGGAGGAUGUAGUGGACAGGAUUGUGCCUCAGCGGGUGGUUUUAAGCACCCAGAGCCCCGCGGCACUGAGGAUGGGUACCCAGCAGCUGAUCCCCAAGAAUCUAGCCGUGUCCAGCCGGCCUAAAAAUCGCCACCACACCACAGUGGUGACGUUCCCAGUGGGACUGGAACACUCCAGCAGUGGGACGCACAGCCGCCACUCAGCACAGGGGCCCGAUGUGUCCUGGGAGGAUUACGACAGCGAUGGAGAUGGGUUCGCUCUGAGGAGGAACCGCAGGAACAAGUCGUACAGAGCAGCUGUGACCAGUCUGGAUAUUGAAGCCAUGUCUAAAGGAAGUGCACACACACUGAAGCCUGUUAGUGAGGGGAGGUCUGUCAGUCCUGGUCCAGCCCGAAGCCCGGGACGCAAGCGAACUCUGGGGCGAAAGAGGAACCAGAGGCACCGAGGAUCCUUCAAAGAUGCUACACCGCGGCUCUACCAGGACGUCAGGGAGCGGGGGUUACACUCCACCAACCAGGAUGAGCUGCUGGAUGACUUCGUGGUGGUGGAGGCUCCUGUUGAGGAUCAGGGCAUCGUAGUGCAGAGCUACCGGCCGGUGCAGCUCACCUGGAGUCAGCUGCCACAGGUGAAGGAGACGGGCAUCCUGACAAUGAUCUCAUCUCAGGAGAGAAAGAGACAAGAGGCCAUCUUUGAGAUCAUCACCUCAGAGCAUUCGUACCUCCACAGUCUGGGUAUCCUGGUGCGUCACUUCCAGAGCAGCGACGCUCUGAGGAGAACGAUGACAGCCACAGAGCAUCACCACCUAUUCUCCAACAUUUCUGUCAUUCACCAAGUCAGCAAACGGUUUUUUGAGGACCUGGAACGGCGUCACUAUGACAACCCGGUUAUCCGAGACAUUAGCGAUAUUGUGCAAAAUCACGCUUCCCACCACUUUGAACCGUACAUUGUUUACUGCUCCAACGAGACCUUCCAGCAGAGGACGCUGCAGAAGCUGCUGACCAGUAAUGUUGCAUUUAAGGAGGCGUUGAAGCAGAUUGAGUCGAGCAGUGAAUGUGGAGGCCUCCCCAUGAUCUCCUUCCUCAUCCUCCCCAUGCAGAGAGUCACCAGGCUUCCACUGCUGCUGGAUACGAUCUGCCAGAAAACUGCAGAUAAAACAGCAGAGUACUUUGCUGCAGUCUGGGCUCUGCACGCCAUGAGUAAGCUGGUCACAAGCUGCAACGACGGAGCGAGGCGGAUGGAGAGGACGGAGCAGAUGUACACCAUCCAGAAACAGAUGGAUUUUGGUAAAAUUAAGCCGUUUCCACUGGUGUCGUCAUCACGGUGGCUGAAAAAGCGUGGAGAGUUGGCAGUCUGCACGGAGGAGCUCAGCAUCUGGAGGGCGUUCAGCACCAGGAGCUACUACCUGUUUUUGUUCAAUGACGUACUGAUCGUCACCAAGAAGAAGAGUGAGGAGAGCUUCGUGGUGAUGGACUAUGCCACUUUGGAGAAUGUGGAGGUGGAGGUGGUGGAGGAAGCGGAGGGAAAGGCAUCACCGCCGGCCAGAAGCAGCUCCAGUCAUUUUCUGUCCUUCAGACUGUUGAUGAGCAGGAACAGCGAAGGCAGAUCAGAGCACAUUUCUCUGGUGGCUGAUUCCAGGGUGGACCGGGCUCGUUGGAUCGUGGCUCUGACAGAACAUAAGCAGGAAGGUGUCUUCACAUGUAAAGAUGGUCUUCCACAGUACGAGGCCACUAAAGCCUACAUGCCAAAGGAGCCAGAUGAGCUGGGACUACAACAGGCCGAACUAGUCAUCGUUCUAUGUAAAGAAGAUGCCUGGUGCUAUGGGGAGAGGAUGAGAGAUGGAGAAAGAGGCUGGUUUCCUGCCAACUGUGCCACUGAGAUCACCAACCCCACUGCCAUGGAGAACAAUGUGCAGCGUAUGAAGAGGCUGCGCAAAGAGACUAAUGUUUGAACAACUGAGAGGUUCGAUCUGAUGUACAGAGGCAAACAGUAGGAACAGCUGACAGAUUGAUGUCAAAUGAGACUUUGGUGAAUAUGCUGAACAUAGGACUCAAUGAAAUGUUUGCCAAUAAUUAUGUCCAUUAAAUACCAGUAUGUCAAAUUACCUUAUAUUACUGUAUUAUACAAUAUUGUGGAGAUUAGCAAGAGCCAAACUAUAUUAAGGACUGGUUUUAUUUUUGUGUGGGUGUGGACAUGUGUUUUUACUGACUUGUAUUUAAAAAAAAAUUAAUCCAGUGCUUGUUUUAAGUGGAUAAAACAUGCCAUCAUUCAUCUCAUUGUGGAACUUGAAUCUAGUGCUAAAUGAUGCAUUGCUUGUUGCAUCACAUUGUAAUAGUGUAACUCUUAAUAUUGUGUUACCAGGUUUAUAAAGUGACCAAGUCAUUUUGCUUCAGUGAUUACUAAACCAUUUAGUUAAUGGGAUUUUCUUUAACUAUAAAUCAGUCUGGCUGAUUAUACAACAUAUGUACUGGAUCAAACCAAGUCAUAUUUGUCUAAGUUGGAAUAUUCAGAGUACAGAAAUAAAAAGAAUAAAGCAACUACUCUGGACAGUUUCCUGGUUCUGACUUUUAUUUGAGCUUGCAUUUUGUUAAAAUGUUUGAAUACAUAAAAAGUUAUUUAAAAAUGUCAAACUGACCAGAUAUCAAAUUUCAUUUUCUUUAAAAACCAUUUGGUGUAAAAACUUAGGACAGAUUUAGAAAAACAUUUGUUGUUUCCCCAAAACAUUUUGUAACUGUCACAUAAAAAUAAUGGAAAAGAAACAGGUCUGCAUAGAUUCU